CCCCGCCCGCGGCGCGCGCUCGCUCGCUCGCUCGCUCCCUCCUUCCACCAGCGUCUCGCGCUCCGUCUCCUCAGUCCGCCGGCGGCUCCGUUAAGCGGCGGCGGCGGGUUCCUGCUUCCGUCUCCUCACCGCGCUGUCGUUCCCCCCCCCCCCCCCCCCUCCUCCUCGCCGCCCCUCCGCUCGCCCCGGCGUCUCCCCGCGCCCGGCACCCACGGCGACGGCAGCGCGGGCCCCGGCAUUCGGAGAAUUACCUAGGCUUCAAAAUGAAAGUGAGGAAGAAGAGUCCCCAAAAGUGUUAAUUUGAAAAAUAAUUAUUGCUGGUAGUUAAUUUCACUGGCUGCUGGACUAGUGGAAUUACUUGUUAACCUCCAAGCCCAUGAUGCAGUUGUGUUUAUUUCCUGCUGUCAUGGAGACGAAUAUAAACGAAGAAUGAUGUGAUAUUAAUGCUUUCUAUGUACAGCUCCAAAAGGAUCUUCUCUAAGGAGUUGGAGUAAGAUAAACAGUGAGAAUAACUUUUCUCCGGUACAAUGUGGUGAAGCAGAGGAACUGAAAUUGUGCACUUUUGUACAGGCUAAGGACUUAAAAUGUUUGUUAUUUUGUGAGCAGAAGCAGUUCUGGAGUGAAUUGAACUUCUGAAAAUGCGGCCAUGGACUGGUUCCUGGCGUUGGAUUAUGCUCAUCCUCUUUGCUUGGGGAACUUUACUCUUUUAUAUUGGUGGACACCUGGUACGAGACAGUGAGCACCCAGAUCACUCUAGUCGUGAAUUAUCCAAGAUACUUGCUAAACUUGAACGUUUAAAGCAGCAAAAUGAAGACUUAAGGCGGAUGGCAGAAUCUCUCAGUUGAUGUACUUGUAGAGGGCAGUAACAAGCAAGCUGUGCUGGUUGCAGAGAAGAACCUUUUCCUUAAUUUUGAGACUGGAUGAAAGUGAGGAAGACAGCAGUUCCAAGUCUGAUGAGGAUACCAGAUGGUCCCAUUGAUCAAGGACCAGCUGCAGGAAAGGUACAUGCUUUAGAGGAGCAACUUUUAAAGGCCAAAGAACAGAUAGAAAACUAUAAGAAGCGGACAGGAGAUGGAGGCCUUGGAAAAGACCAUGAAAUAUUGAGGAGGAGGAUUGAAAAUGGGGCUAAGGAACUUUGGUUUUUCCUCCAGAGUGAACUGAAGAAGUUGAAAAAUCUAGAAGGAGGUGAACUGCAAAGACGCAUUGAUGAAUUUCUGUCUGAUUUGGGUCAUCAGGAAAGGUCGAUAAUGACCGACUUGUACUACCUCAGUCAAACAGAUGGAGCAGGAGAUUGGCGAGAAAAAGAGGCCAAAGAUCUAACAGAUUUGGUACAGAGGAGAAUAACUUAUCUACAGAAUCCGAAGGAUUGCAGCAAAGCUAAGAAACUUGUGUGUAAUAUCAACAAAGGCUGUGGCUAUGGCUGUCAACUUCAUCACGUAGUCUACUGCUUCAUGAUCGCUUAUGGCACUCAGCGAACGCUCAUUUUAGAGUCUCAGAAUUGGCGCUAUGCUACUGGUGGCUGGGAGACUGUAUUUAGGCCUGUAAGCGAGACAUGUACUGACAGAUCAGGUACCACUACUGGACACUGGUCAGGUGAGGCUAAUGAUAAGGAUGUUCAGGUGGUGGAACUUCCCAUUGUUGACAGCUUACACCCACGGCCACCUUAUUUACCUUUGGCUAUCCCCGAAGACCUGGCAGAUAGGCUAAUUCGCGUACAUGGGGAUCCUGCAGUGUGGUGGGUCUCGCAGUUUGUGAAAUACUUGAUUCGUCCACAGCCUUGGUUAGAAAAAGAAAUAGAAGAAGCGACGAGGAAACUUGGUUUCAAACAUCCAGUGAUCGGCGUUCAUGUCCGAAGGACAGACAAAGUAGGAACAGAGGCAGCAUUUCAUCCCAUUGAAGAAUACAUGGUACAUGUUGAAGAGCGCUUUGAACUUCUUGCUCGCAGAAUGCAUGUUGAUAAAAAAAGAGUGUAUUUGGCUACAGAUGACCCUUCAUUGUUGCAAGAGGCAAAAUCCAAGUAUCCAAAUUAUGAAUUUAUCAGUGAUAACUCCAUAUCCUGGUCAGCAGGACUUCAUAACCGAUACACUGAAAACUCCCUAAGAGGUGUUAUUCUGGAUAUUCACUUUUUGUCUCAGGCAGACUUCCUGGUCUGUACAUUUUCGUCCCAGGUUUGUCGAGUUGCCUAUGAAAUUAUGCAGACAUUGCAUCCAGAUGCUUCAGCGUAUUUCCAUUCUUUGGAUGAUAUCUACUACUUUGGGGGACAGAAUGCCCACAACCAGAUUGCUAUUUAUGCUCAUCAUCCACGAACUGCUGAUGAAAUUCCUAUGGAACCUGGAGAUAUAAUUGGAGUAGCUGGAAACCACUGGGAUGGUUAUUCAAAAGGCAUCAAUAGGAAAUUAGGAAGAACAGGCCUGUACCCAUCAUAUAAAGUUAAGGAGAAAAUUGAGACAGUCAAGUAUCCUACGUACCCAGAGGCUGACAAGUAGAUUAAAAGGAAGACAUUUGGCAGUAGUUCUCAAUUUUGAUUGGUUCGAACCAGUCAGCGCACUAACUAAUGGUUUAUAUGGGAUUUGAAUUUGCAUUUUAACAUGCAGUUAAAAUCAAAGCCUUUAGCAAUGAAACUGGAUAAGAAGCUGAGAACAAAUGGAUGGGCUAUUAUCUGAACUUACUCUUAAACAUUUUUUGUUAUAUGCACUCUCACACAUGCACACACAAAACUACAUGCAACAGGAAAACUGUUGUUUUAUACUUUUUGUCUCUUUUCAGGAUUUGUCCUAGUCAUUAGUCUUACGUGAGCUUUGGGCUCUUUUCUCUGCCAUUAAAUGACAAUAAUGUUCAGACUUAUAACACUGCCACAUUGUGUAAUUUGAGUGACAUGAACAUAUUUUGUAUGUGCAAAAUUUAAAACAUGGUGCCUAUAUUUGAAAAAUUUGUGACCUUUUUAGAAGAGCCAUGCCUAUAUUACAAUGGGCAAGAGUCAAUCUUCAACUGGUGUUACCGUGACCACUGAACUUGCUUCAAACAACAGAUUCAGAUUUCAGACUAGAUUUCUUUACAAGUUUAUUUUUAGCAUUCCAUUGAUUACUUCUCAUCAUUAAUAAAAUAAAGGAUGCAUCCAACAAUAAAAUAGUCACUGUCUGUUAGGAAUUUUUGUAAUACCAUGAACAGAUUCUUUAGUAUUGAUAAUGUUUCUGGACAUUGCCUUUGAUUGAAAAAAACAAAACAAAACACAAAACCCACAAAGGAAAAAAGUAGCUGGAGUUUCAUUGAAUUUUUAAACACUCAUUAUGUAGUACAGCUGCUUAGUGGCACAGCGUUGCUCAGUUCGGUGGACAGUGGGUUUCAGCAGGAUGACUUCAGUGGCUCAAUUUCUUACAUUUACUCUCUAGCACUGUUCUUUUACCUUCUGUGUUUCUCUUCUGAAUUCUUUUAUUUUUAUUUUUUUUUAGGGUAUUAUAGAUGGCCAUUUAUCAUUUUGGCAUUGAAUGUAGUUACUUUUAAGGAAAAUACUUCAGGUUAUCCCAUUUAUAGAACCUGUCAAUCUAGAGUACUCUAAAAAAAUCUAACAGUUUACCCCAAAAAUAGUAGGUUCCAAGGAAAUAUAAACAAGGAUGAAUUUUUAUGCAUGACAAAAUUGUUAGUAAUUCUUAGUGUUUUGAAAUCUGUUGCUAGUCUGUUCUCUAUUAAGAAAAGAGAUAAUUUACAAAAUAAUUUUACAAACAAAUUUGUAGAUUUGGGGGUUGUGUGUGUAUAUAUAUACACACAAAAAUGUACUAGACAUAUAUAUAUAUAUAUAUAUAUAUAUAUAUAAAAAAAAUGUACUAGAUAUCAAGAUGUUAUUUCCAAAUAGAAAGACUAUUAAUAGCAUUAUACAGGUUCCAGUGCAAUCCAGUCUGGAAUACUGGAAGUGCAGAAAAUGUUUACUAUUCAGACACUGAGAAAAUGCCACAUGAGUAAAGAUUAAAAAGCAUGGCUGGUUGACCUUAAGAAAGCAAAAGUUAAAAGGAUGUUUAAUUAUAUUUAUUAAUAGACCAAGGACAGUGUUGACGUAAUGAAUGGAUGCACUUGACCACGAAUAAAUUUUAGGCUGAAAGGUAAAAGGAAAUCUCUGGUGGUGUGAAGUUCAGCAACAGUCUUCCAAUUGAAAUAGUGGUGAGUAAGAUGGAACUUGAUUGGCAUGUAAAGGAAUUAACAAAGUAGUUCUCUCUGACAUUACUUGUAGGACUGAUCCUAUAGAUCCCUUCCAGUUAUGUGUUCCUCAACUGAAAAACUAUUUUGUGUUUGAAAAAGAAUAACAAAAUCAAAGUUGAAAACGGCGGUGGAAAAAAAAAGAUAAAUUGCCUGUUAGCUGUAUUAAAUAGACAUAUCAGUAAAAAUGAGCAUAGAUACCAAAUGGGUUUUAAAGACGGAUUGAAGGAUAAAGGCAAAUGAGUAAGAGUGGCCGACAAACGCUGAAGACAAUGACUUUUAUGACUAAAGAUGGCUAGAAUUAACUGGUGUUUCUGUAUUUUGGAACUACUAAGGAAGCUGUUUGAUGUUAGUUUCCUGUCUAAGUGAUUCUGAUAAGUUUUUCACUAACUUAGCCAAACUUGUGGUAUUUCAGAGGCACAAAUGUAGGCUAAAUUGUAACUUUUUCUUACUUAAAUUUGAAUUGUACAUAAAAAGCUAUUGCUGCUUUCCUUUUCAACUUGGGGAAAAAAAAUAAUCCAAACCCACAAACAUUUCUUCCUUAGCGAUUAGAUCAAUGCAUUUUAUCUUUGGGAAAACUAAUUUAAUUAUUUCUCCACAAAUACUACAUGAUCUCUUUGAUAUUUAUAGAUUUUGAAAAUGUUUUAUUUUUGAAGCUCUUUACUUACAGCUUCUGACCUCAUCAUUUCCAGCUCAUUUCUUAUAGUGUGAUGCAGAAAUAGUAUAUGUAAAUGAAUUAACGUGUGAAAAUUCCUUCAUAGUCAGGUAACUCAAUUGCAAAUAUCACUAGAGAUGAUAAAUAACAGAACAUCUAGGAUGAGCCCAAAGGCAAGAGCAGAUCUUCUGAUUAAGUAAUGAGAGAACUGAAAACACUGACGUUAUAGAAGACAUACCUAUAUAAUGUGGCAAUUCCUCAACAGACUACAUCUGACAAAGUAAUGGCAAGGUACAUGCGCCUCCUUACAUAUUCUAAGUACCUAAUGAAUAAUUAGCUCAUCAUCUUUGACAGAAUGAUCAUGAAAUGGUAUGAAAUUAUAAAAUUAUUGUUAAUAAUUAAGAAACAUACUAAUGUAGAUGCUAUGACCUUAUUCCGCUGGGCCAUGUGAUCCUUUAGUGCUUAUAAUGCAGUACGUCUCAGAGGAAGAAACGUAGCAAUAGACUGCUUACUAGAUGCAUCUGUUUCUAGAGAUUUGUUUCCUUUAAGACUACCAGUUAGUUACAUCUUAGAAUCCUGGGACCUUGGGACAUUAAAACUGAAUUUGUUUUAUAUUAAACAAAAUAAAUAUUAGAGACUUUAUUCUCAGUUACAGUGGAUUCCAGGUAGUAUGGAAGGAUCCAUGGGUAGAGAAAAUGAGACCCACAGAUUUUUAUUGUAGCUCACAGAAAAGUGAAAUAAGAGGAAAUAAAAAAUUUUGUCUUCAAUACCUGAAGGAAAGCUGAAUCUUUUGGAAGUUGUGAACUCAUUAAGAUACUAGCCAGAAUGCUUGCAAGCAAGCACAUAUACAUCUUGUUUCUUCCAUUCGCCUUGUAGCUCUGCAACAAUCCAGUCAUGUAAUUUUUGCCUCAUACCAAACCACCGUGUCUGACAUCCGUAAAACAAAGACAGCCCUCAUACUCUUUUAAACAAGCUAAUGUUUAAUUAAAUUUUUCCUCUUUAAGAAGCAUUUGUGUGUGUGUGUGCACGCGUGCAAGUUGUGUUCGUAAAAAAUAAUAUGAACAGUAGUCUUUCCUUCUAUGCUAUUUUACAUUGUCAUUGUCACGUUCUCUGUAAUAACUUAUUUGCCAGGUAAAUGUAGUCUCUGGAAACUGAAUAUUCUACUUGCUUCUCACCAGCUGGGCUAAGGAAUUUAUUCUGAGUAGUUCAGUUAACUAGUCUUCUGUGACAUUGGUGCACCUGGAGACUGGGGUCAUCAUCAGCAGUUUGCUGCUACCACCGCAAUUACACCAGCCUGAGUUCUGUCUUUGAUUUUCAGUCCAGCCUACAGUCAGAUGCAUGGGAUUCCCAAGCGUCCUCUACCAACCUCCCGUCCCUGUGACCUUCAGAGUAUUAUGGGUUUGUUCAUGAAGGGUGAUGUUUUAUUUCAAAAUUUUUAAAUAUUUGCCUUCAGAGAAGUUUUUUGUCUACCCCUUCUACCACUGAAUUUUAAGGAAACUUGCAAUUACCAGAAGGAUUUCUCUCCUUUACCAAUUCUUCAGAAAAGAGAACUGAUGAUUCCUUUCUUAUGGAGAGAGAUUCACAAUGUGGAAGUUUCCUCCGUAAUGGGUUUUAUGUUUCUUUGGUACACAAUUAUAAAAUAAGGGUCUUGUCUUCUGAGAUAGGAACAUAAUAGAAUAUAAAAGAGAAAAAUUUCAUUACAAAUUCUUGAUAAGGAAAGGGAGAUUUUCCUUCAUGCCGGCAGAGUAGCACCUACCAUUUGGAACUUUUUCAAAACAGUGAAUUGAACUUCUGUUUUUCCAAGUCAUAAGUUUCUUUGCAAUGUAAUCCCUCAAGUGUCUGAAGAAUCCAGGCAAAAAUCAUUUGCUUAGUUUGGGAGGUGGGAAGAAGAGAUUCUGGUAAGAAGACAUGAUAUUGUACUUUUAAUUUAAUUUGGUAUAUCUGUUUAUAAAACCACAGAUAAACCUUUCAAUGCUGGGUUAAGGACCUCUGCCAGCAAAAUCAUUCUGCUCUUUGCCAGAAGCACUUAAAAUUUGCAACCUCUCUUUUGAUUUUUGCCUAAUACCAGUCCCAGUCGUGUAUAAACAUCAUGCUGGUCAUAUUCUGAUCAUUGGUUGUUACUAUAUUACAGUUUCAUUCAUAUUUGGGUGGCUUGGGAGCAGGCUGUCAAAGAGCACAAACUGUUUGGUUUUCUUAUCAUGUUGAAUUAAAAUUGCAUUUAAAACUCACAAAAAUUCCAUUUCCCUAAGGCACCACUAGAAUUCUAAUAGUAGUCUACAGACUUUUGUCAAGGUCCCCUAUAUGCUCCUGCAAGCUUAUCGGGAGCAAGACUGAAGCAAAGAAAGUUAUGCAUAAAUAUCAACUGCAAACAGGUUGGGUUAGACUUCAUAGUAUCCUGUUCAUUUCUAAAAAGCAUGAAAUAUGGCACUGUAUGAUACAAAUAAGAGGAUAGUAUAAAAUUUCCAAGUCUGCAGAAAAAAUUGCUAGUCUGUCUGCCUGCAUCACUGGUUGCAUUCACUGUGUACAAGAUUAUCUCAGAAUCAAAGUACAUACGGCAGCGGUCUUCCAGCAUUACUACAGGCAUCUGAGAAUCCCUUCAACUGAUGUGUUUGCUCCUCUUUACCCCUUUUGGUGCCAUGUACAAAUACCUAACAGUGCUGACGAUGGUUGCUAUUCAGUGGAACCUUCCUUUAUUUUGUAUGCUUGUUUCCUUUGACUCAACUUACUUGUCAGCAGAAUCCUAUUGCCACUGCAAUUCAAGCAAGUUUGGUUUAAUGCAAAGGCAUGCCAAUCGUUUACACCAAAAUGUCUUUACCGUUGCUCAAAAUUAACUUCACACUCUUAGGCUGACUCCUAAGGAUACACUAUUGAGGGAAGGAGCAAUCUCCACUGGACUAUUCUGUACAUGUUAUAUAACUGCUCACACAUACUGGUUUUACUUUCAAUUUUGCAUGAUUUUUCCACUUUAUACAGACUCAAGAAUUUGUUUUUAUUUUAGUAUAUUUAUGAAGGGUUUUCUUGAGCACGGUGAGACAAAGUUCCAACUAUCCUACAUUUUCUUCAGGAAGCAUAUCGGAUCUUACCACAUUUCCUCUAAUUGUCUUAAAGACAUCCUCCAGUCACACCAUUUUAAGAGAAUCAUCUAGAUCGACAUUUCCUGAAGACUAUGACGUUUUUAUGCUCUUCCAUUAGCCCCACUGCCUACUUGCAUCUGAGCCUGAUCUGCCAUGGUUGUAUGAACUACCUUCAAACUUUUCUGCUUAGUGUGUUUUGAUUUCCUUGCCUAAUGGCUAAUGGUCAUUACUUGACUAGGAAUCCAAGGAACAGCAAGUGUCCGUAUUUAAUUUUUCAUAAUAAUGUGAAAUUAUAUUUCUUGCAGGUUAUUUUUUUUUUUUACUAAAUGCAUUUUUGUAAUUUCCCUAAAUGAUACAGUCAAGGAUUCAAAGAGAAAUCACCAUAAUCAGAUGUGCCUAAUAAGUGUUUAGAAGGCUUACAAGGCAUAGAAGUUCCUUAUCUAAUAAGAUUUACAGCUCACACUGUGGCAAGUUUCUUGACCAGAUGAAAGAUGUAUUCUCAUAGCAUUCCCUAUCCAUUUUUGGCUAGCACUUCUACGCUAAUGCCUGCAGCUUAAUAUGCAAGCAAUAGGGACACAAUCUGAAUGCAGUCUUUUUACAGGACCAGGAGAGACAGGUCAUUUUCUUCUCUUCAGUCUUAGAACCCUUUAUUUUGCUUAGUUUUAGUAUUCUUGCUCUCUUUCUUUGGCAAGUUUUUUUUGUAUAAUACAGCCGCACAAUUCUCAGUUACUCCUCUAUAAGUAGAGCCACAAGGAUGUUACAUCUCAGCUGUGAGAAUCCACUGAAUGAAGAGAUUGCCGUCCACUUCAGCUGUCUACAGAAGACCUGUUUCUUAAAGAAGCUGAGUAUGUUUGCUGAUAUCUUUCCAAACAGUAGCAACCUGAAGAAUGGAAGGAGACCACAAAACAGAACAUCCUACUUCCUUCUCUGUGAAUGAGAAGGGAUUGGGCAUCCGUUAUGUCCAACCAAGACAAUGGAAAGUGGUUGACUAGUUGAUGGGAGUAGUUUGCUUCACUACUUCAGCUUAUUGCUGGAGAAUGAACUGUGAUGAGUUUAUAAUUUUAGAUCUGUGGUCACUUUGUAACAUCUAUAAAAUUUUAUUUGUUUUCACUUGAGAAUAAAAUUGUUAUACACAAAGAAUAAGUUCAGAUUUGUGGGAUUAAACGGACAGUGUUUCUUCUUCCCUCAGAUGGAGUUCAUUGUGCACUAAUGUUUCUUAAAAUGAUUUUUGCUUAUGACUAAAUUUCAGUUAUUCAGCAAAGAUAGACAAAUCUUGUUAGGCUGGCUUGACCAUUUUUUUAACCUGUGCGUCACUAGAGAUUAUAUAAAGGCUAGCCCUAAUGAACCUUCCACAUAAUACAUUUAGGAUUGAUGGAUUUGUUUGCUUAAUUUUUUUCUUUUGUUUAUAUACAAUAGGAAAAAAAGUUUACUAAAUAUUAAAAAAAAGAUGGUUAGGAUGUGUCUGCCUGCCAAAAUGUAUUUCUCUAGGGCUGCUGAUGUGUUAUGACUACUGUUUAUUACACUGAUUCAUAUUAGCUCAUGUUCUCAUGUUUCUGAGUGUUUUACUCAUUUCUUUUGUCUGAUGUUUAGAUUAUAAGACUUAUGAUCCAGGAGUCUUCUUUUAUUUGUGUUUCCACCACUUUUGUCACAGUGGGAUUCUCGUCAUUCGGUAGGAUCCCUAGACAGUACAGUAAUAUGAAUAAUAAUUGUAGUCAUAAUACGGGUUGAACAUUUAAUCUAUAAUGCUAAAUUCAAUAUGAUUUUGUAGUGUUUGCUUUUAUUUCUGUUGCAUUAAUAUUUUGUUUAGUUAAUAUGUAUUGCUUAUUUACCAUCAUGUGUGCAUGAAAAGAAAUUCUUAAAAAAAACCAAACCAAAACCCAACCCAAGCCCUAAUAUCAGAAGUCGGAUUCAGGAAAUAUUCUUAGUUCCUUCCUACAUGCUGAUGACCUUUCUUAUUGAUAGUAUAUUUAUAUGUUUGGUUCUGAAACAGCACAAUGAUUUAGGAAAUUACCUUGUAUACUUUGUAUGCUCUCAUUCCUUCUCUUGGGACGAGGUAACUGACCAUACCAUGUGUAUGCUAAAUCUGUUUCAAUGUGAAUUGAAACAGGUUUAUAUCUAUGCCACUGCUGACUGGCUUGGUAUAUAUAUAUUAGUCAGUGAGAGUUUUGGAAGUAAACGUGAACGUAUAUCCUUCAUUUUUGUGCUUUUAAAAUUGAAUGUAGGAAAGUAAGUAAGAGCCAUUGGAAUAAUAGGCUUUUGUCACCCGUUGUUGAACUGGCUAGAGCUUACUCAUGUCCUUUUUCAUUCUCAAGAUAACACAUUGCAGGAAUAUGCUGUGGAGAGACAGAUCCAUACACCGUAGACAGUUAUGUAUCUAAUAGGAGGGGAUAGAAUCUGUUGAAGAGCCUGAAGAAACCUCUAGAAGAUGAGGAUGUGACCAAGGGAAUGGUUAGCUUGACAUUAAGGUGUUCCAGUCAUUACUUUAUCUGCCGAUGUGAUUGACUGUAGGUCUUGUUCUUCUUCUCUUCUGGGCUGCCCCUUCAGGAUUCAUCUCACAGACAUACAUUAUUUUGUCAUGACUUUAUGCUGGAUGGAUAUUGGUUCCAGAACACUCUGUUCCUUUCUCAUAAGAUGCGUCUUGUUAAUGCAGGUGCUCCACUGUACUACCUCUGUAGUAAAAUGGUCUGGAUUUUCUCAGUGCUGUUUAGUUGAUGUUGGUCUUCAAAGUUUCCCUUGAGGCAUUUCCUUUUGGUAAAGCCGUACACAAUGGUUGAAAAAAAAGAAUACAAUUCUUUGCUGA